GCAGCCGCCGCAGCAGCCAUUACCCGGCGGCGGUCCAGAGCCCCGCGGCAGCCGAGCGAGGGGCGUCCGCCACCGCCAGGUCCAGAGCCAUUUCCAUCCUGCAGAAGAAGCCCCGCCACCAGCAGCUUCUGCCAUCUCUCUCCUCCUUUUUCUUCAGCCACAGGCUCCCAGACAUGACAGCCAUCAUCAAAGAGAUCGUUAGCAGAAACAAAAGGAGGUAUCAAGAGGAUGGAUUCGACUUAGACUUGACCUAUAUUUAUCCAAACAUUAUUGCUAUGGGAUUUCCUGCAGAAAGACUUGAAGGCGUAUACAGGAACAAUAUUGAUGAUGUAGUAAGAUGUGCUGAAAGACAUUAUGACACCGCCAAAUUUAACUGCAGAGUUGCACAGUAUCCUUUUGAAGACCAUAACCCACCACAGCUAGAACUUAUCAAACCUUUUUGUGAAGAUCUUGACCAAUGGCUAAGUGAAGAUGACAAUCACGUUGCAGCAAUUCACUGUAAAGCUGGAAAGGGACGAACUGGUGUAAUGAUUUGUGCAUAUUUAUUACAUCGGGGUAAAUUUUUAAAGGCACAAGAGGCCCUAGAUUUCUACGGGGAAGUAAGGACCAGAGAUAAAAAGGCAGUUCCUCCAAGAGGUAUUCCAGGAGAAGGCAUUCUGUUGUAGGAGAUGACAGCUCCAUGUUUGUUAUUGUCCCUGAAGACCCUCCAGUAAGACAUGAUGUGGAGAUGGGAGACAGUGAUAAUGAUGAUCUCGACCCUCUAUACACCUAGGCUAAAGGAGUAACUAUUCCCAGUCAGAGGCGCUAUGUGUAUUAUUAUAGCUACCUGUUAAAGAAUCAUCUGGAUUAUAGACCAGUGGCACUGUUGUUUCACAAGAUGAUGUUUGAAACUAUUCCAAUGUUCAGUGGCGGAACUUGCAAUCCUCAGUUUGUGGUCUGCCAGCUAAAGGUGAAGAUAUAUUCCUCCAAUUCAGGACCCACACGACGGGAAGACAAGUUCAUGUACUUUGAGUUCCCUCAGCCAUUACCUGUGUGUGGUGACAUCAAAGUAGAGUUCUUCCACAAACAGAACAAGAUGCUAAAAAAGGAUAAAAUGUUUCACUUUUGGGUAAAUACGUUCUUCAUACCAGGACCAGAAGAAACUUCAGAGAAAGUAGAAAAUGGAAGUCUAUGUGAUCAAGAAAUUGAUAGCAUUUGCAGUAUAGAGCGUGCAGAUAAUGACAAGGAAUAUCUAGUACUUACUUUAACAAAAAAUGAUCUUGACAAAGCAAAUAAAGACAAGGCCAACCGAUACUUCUCUCCAAAUUUUAAGGUGAAGCUGUAUUUUACAAAAACAGUAGAGGAGCCAUCAAAUCCAGAGGCAAGCAGUUCAACUUCUGUAACACCAGAUGUUAGUGACAAUGAACCUGAUCAUUAUAGAUAUUCUGACACCACUGACUCUGAUCCAGAGAACGAACCUUUUGAUGAAGAUCAGCAUACACAAAUUACAAAAGUCUGAAUUUUUUUUUUAUCAAGAGGGAUAAAACACCAUGAAAACAAACUUGAAUAAACUGAAAAUGGACCUUUUUUUUUUUUUUAAUGGCAAUAGGACAUUGUGUCAGAUUACCAGUUAUAGGAACAAUUCUCUUUUCCUGACCAAUCUUGUUUUACCCUAUACAUCCACAGGGUUUUGACACUUGUUGUCCAGUUGAAAAAAGGUUGUGUAGCUGUGUCAUGUAUAUAUCUUUUUGUGUCAAAAGGACAUUUAAAAUUCAAUUAGGAUUAAUAAAGAUGGCACUUUCCCAUUUUAUUCCAGUUUUAUAAAAAGUGGAGACAGACUGAUGUGUAUACGUAGGAGUUUUUCCUCUUGUGUUCUGUCACCAACUAAAGUGGCUAAAGAGCUUUGUGAUAUACUGGUUCACAUCCUACCCCUUUGCACUUGUGGCAACAGAUAAGUUUGCAGUUGGCUAAGAGAAGUUUCCAAAGGGUUUUGCUACAUUCUAAUGCAUGUAUUUGGGUUAGGGGAAUGGAGGGAAUGCUCAGAAAGGAAUCUAUUUUAUGCUGGACUCUGGACCAUAUACCAUCUCCAGCUAUUUACACACACCUUUCUUUAGCAUGCUAUAGUUAUUAAUCUGGACAUUUGAGGAAUUGGCCGCUGUCACUGCUUGUUGUUUGUGCAUUUUUUUUAAAGCAUAUUGGUGCUAGAAAAGGCAGCUAGAGGAAGUGAAACUGUAUUGGGGUACAGGAAUGAACCUUCGGCCACAUCUUAAGAAUCCACAAAUGAAGGGAUAUAAAAAUAAUGUGGUCACAGAUAAAAAACACAGCAACAAUGACUUAACCAUAGAAAUGUGGAGGCUACCAACAAAGAAUGGGCUUGAAACAUUAUAAAAAUUGACAAUGAUUUAUUAAAUACGUUUUCUCAAUUGUAAUGACUGCUCCAUCUCCUGUGUAAUCAAGGCCAGUUCUGAAAGUCAGAUGCUAUUAGUACCUACAUCAGCCAACAACUUACACUUAUUUUACACGUUUUCAAUCAUAUACCUGCUGUGGAUGCUUCAUGUGCUGCCUGCAACCUUUUUUCUUCUCAUUAAGUACAAAAUAUUUUGUAAUGCUGCACAGGAAAUUUCAAUUGGAGAUUCUACAGUAAGCGUUUUUUUUUUCUUUGAAGAUUUAUGAUGCACUUACUCAGUCCAAUAGCUGUCAGCCGUUCCACCCUUUUGACCUUACACAUUCUAUUACAAUGAGUUUUGCAGUUUUGCACAUUUUUAAAUGUCAUUAACUGUUAGGGAAUUUUACUUGAAUACUGAAUACAUAUAGUGUUUAUAUUAAAAAGGACAUUAUUUGUGUUGAAAAAGGAAAUUAGAGUUGCAGUAAAUUUUCAACACUGCGCAGAUAAUAAGACAUUUAAUUUUCAGUAGAAAUUGUCCUACAUAUGCUUUAUUGAUUUGCUAUUGAAAGAAUAGAUUUUUUUUUAAUGUGCAGUGUUGGAUUAUUUCUUUGUAGUGCUAGUGUUGGGACUAGGGCUUCAAUUUCACUUCUUAAAAAGUAUCAUCAUAUAUUUGAUACGCCCAGACUGCAGACUAUUUUAAGCAGAGUACAACUACUAAUGUAAAGCUAAUGUUAAGAUACUAUUAAAAAGAUUUUUUUUCCAAAAAUUUGGUGUCUUUCAAAUUAUAUCUUGACCUUGACAUUUGAAUACCCAGCCAUUAUAUUUCUUAAUGGUGUGAAGUUCCAUUUUCAAUAACUUAUUGGUGCUGACAUUGUUCACUAGCUGUGGUCUGACCUAGUUAAUUUGCAAAUACAGAUUGCAUAGGACCUCCUAGAGCAGCAUUUAUAGAGUUUGAUGGUAAAUAGAUUAGGCAGAACUUCAUCAGAAAUAUUCUUAGUCUAUAAUGUGGACGUGUUUUCCAUACCUCGUCAGUUUCAUUCAACAAACAAAAUUUUUAAAUUUUUAACAAAGCUCUUAGGAUUUACACAUUUAUAUUUAAACAUUGAUAUAUAGAGUCUAAAUUGACUGCUCAUAGGUUAAAUUGGAAAAGUCAGAGACAACUGUUCCUAAGAUCUCACCAUUGAAAUUUAUAUGCCACCUUGUCUUUCAUAAAAACUGAAAACUGUUGACUAAAAUGAAAAUCAACUUAAUGUUUUGAAGAUAGUUAUUAAUAUCGUUCUUUGUUACAAUUUUGGGCACAGCAUAUUAAAACAUAACUUGUAUUGUUCCAAUACGUAACAUGGAGGGCCAGGUCAUAAGUAAUGACAUUAUAAUGGGCUUUUGCACUGUUAUUAUUUUUCCUUUGGAAUGUGAAGGUCUGAAUGAGGGUUUUGAUUUUGAAUGUUUCAGUGUUUUUGAGAAGCCUUGCUUACAUUUUAUGGUGUAGUCAUUGGAAAUGGAAAAAUGGCAUUAUAUAUAUAUUAUAUAUAUAAAUAUAUAUUAUACAUACUCUCCUUUAUUUCAGUUACCAUCCCCAUAGAAUUUGACAAGAAUUGCUAUGACUGAAAGGUUUUCGGGUCCUAGUUGAAACUUUAUUUAUGACAGUAUUCACAAUUAGCCUGAAAUGCAUUCUGUAGGUAAUCUCUCGGAGUUUCUGGAAUGUUUCCCUAGACUUUUUGGAUGUGCAGCAGCUUACAUGUCUGAAGUUACUUGAAGGCAUCACUUUUUAAAAGGCUUACAAUCGGGCCCGGUACCAUCCCAAGUCCUUUGUAGCUCCUCUUGAACAUUUUUGCCAUCAUGAGGAAAGGGUAGUGAAGUAAAUAGCAUCACCAUUCUUUGCUGUGGCACAGGUUGUAAACUUAAGUGGAGUUUACCGGCAGCAUCAAAUGUUUCAGCUUUAAAAAAAUAAAAGUAGGGUACAAGUUCCAUGUCUAGUUCUAGAAAAUGUGUGCAAUAUGUUCAUAACGAUGGCUGUGGUUGCCACAAAGUGCCUCGUUUACCUUUAAAUACUGUUAAUGUGUCAUGCAUGCAGAUGGAAGGGGUGGAACUGUGCACUCAAGCGGGGGCUUUCACUGUAGCGUUUGGCAGAGUUGCCUUCUACCUGCCAGUUCAAAAGUUCGAUCUGUUUUCAUAUAGAAUAUAUAUACUAAAAAACUUCAGUCUGUUAAACAGCCUUACCUGAUUCAGCCUCUUCAGAUACUCUUGUGCUGUGCAGCAGUGGCUGUGUGUGUAAAUGCUAUGCACUGAGGAUACACAAAAAAACCCAAUAUGAUGUGUACAGGAUAAUGCCUCAUACCAAUCAGAUGUCCAUUUGUUAUUGUGUUUGUUAACAACCCUUUAUCUCUUAGUGUUAUAAACUCCACUUAAAACUGAUUAAAGUCUCAUUCUUGUCAU